CCGUUAGCCAAUCAGAAUCAAGAUUUUACGAUGACCCAUGUUUUGAGUCGAGGUGUUUAUUUUCUGCCAGUUUUCUUUUAGACUUAGCUUUUUAUUUUAAACAAGGCUUCUAUUUUAAUUCGUUUUGCGUUUUAGAAAUGAAGCUGGCAGAUAUUAAAAAGCUAAAAGUGACCGAGCUGCGGUCCAGACUUGUAGAACUCGGCUUGGACAGCAAAGGUCUGAAGGCAGAGCUCGUGGACAGACUGUGGGCUGCAGGCGGAUCAGGUCAGGAUGGAGACUCUGCAGAAGCGGGGAAGGAGCUGGACUGGACGGUAGCAUCGACGCCGCUAGAAGUCCAGGAGAAGUCCUCCUCACAGCCAGCGGAAACUGGUGUCACUGCGCCGUGUGAAGUAGACCGUGGUAGGAGGUUCACAGACUGCGCCACACAGACGGAACCUGACUCAAAUCCACAAUCGGUGCUGCCCGUCUGUGGUUCUGAGGGGAAGCCCACCCGGCAGGCUGAGGGUCCACAUGCAGAGGAUCCAGGAGAGCACGAAGAUCUGGGCAGGGGAAGAGCUUUCUAUGAGUUUAAAGAGGAGAUUCGAUACAAAAGAGCCAAAUCGCCACAGGCUGCACAAGAGAAAGAGGUUGCUGAGCAACACAACAAAGAUACUCUCAGGUUUGAUCCAUAUGACUGUCACCUCCAUUUUGAAGUGGGUCCUGAUGGGUGCAGUGGGCAGCCGCGCUUCUGGGAUCGUUUUCCUUUGCUGUGGUCAGGCUGCAGGUUCACCCACGGGGUGCAGCAGGGCAUGGUGGGGUUUGAGGUCAGAGUGGAAAGGAUGGUACUGACUUCACAAGCAGGAGAUGGAGAGGUCAGGGAUCCUUUUGGUUUGAGAGUUGGCUGGUCGGUGGCUGACAGCUCUCUGCUGCUGGGUGAAAAUGAGCUCUCUUUUGCUUAUGAUGGACGAGGAAAAAAAGUUCUGGGUGGAAAAGAAGAGACGUUUGGAGAGCCUCUCACCGAUGGCGACAUCAUAGGCUGUUAUGCUUCUUUCUCUGCAGACCACAUGGAGCUCUCUUUUCAUAAGAACGGCCGUUUGAUGGGCGUGGCCUUUUCCUUAAGCGUCUCCAGGCUGCGUGGUCGCGCUCUGUUUCCUCACGUUCUGUGUAGGAGCUGCUCUGUCCGAUUGUUUUCCGAUCCCGCCGCUCCUGAAUGGCAUCCUGGGCCUCCUGGCUUUACAUCGCUGACAGCUCUUCCUUCCAGGCAGAGGGCGUGCUCCUCACCAGCUCCUUCUUCCAAAGCCCAGUGUGAGGUGGUGAUGAUGGUGGGCCUUCCUGGUUCAGGAAAGAGCUUCUGGGCCCAAGCCCACAUGAAGGAGCACCCAAACAAACACUACAAACUGCUGGGAGCACAGGAGCUGCUCUCAUGUAUGAUUAGCGGCGGUCAGGAGGACAACAGGCUGCAACAGGCUUGUCAGUGUUUGACCGAGUUGAUCAAGAUCGCUGCUCAAACUCCAGGAAACUACAUCCUUGACCAGUGCAACAUCCUCUUCUCUGCACUACAUUACAAGCUGCAGCUGUUUGCAGGCUUCAGGCGCCGCGUGGUGGUCGUCUUCCCUCCAGAAGAUGAGUGGAAAAGACGACUUUUGGAACAACAGACGAAUGACAAAGAUCACAUCCCUAAGAUCGCUCUUCUGAAACUACAAGCGAGCUGCAGUCUUCCAGAGCCUCAGGCUGACCUGCAGGAGGAGCUGCAGUAUGUCGAGCUGCCGCAGGAACAAGCACAAACCCUCCUCAAGAAGUACAAAGAUGAAGCUCGGAGGCUGCUGCCCCCUAACCCCAAACGACCAAAGAAAAGGCCCCGACUGAACAAGAAGAGACCCCACCCUUACGGCCCUCCACCAUCACAUAUGAUUCAGUGGCCCAGGCUUCCUGGGUGGAAUAAUCCGUUGUUCCACACUCAAACAUGGAGUCAGCUGCAGCCAAGAUGUUGGAACACGCCUUACCAAGACCAGAGCUUCUACUUCAACAAAGGCUCGACUUGCAGCUGAUAUGAGCCUUCCUGGUGAUAACUGGUGGCAAACUGUCUUUCUGCUCCAGCAACAAUGGAUUAUUAUUUGCUAACAAGGUGGGCUGUAUCUUACAGGGAAUUGUCAACUGGUUAAAAAAAAAAAAGAAACUUUUUUUUUUCCAGAAAAAAAGUUUAAUAAAAAUCCCAGGUAUUGUACAGUCUCCAGAUGAUGACUAGCAUUUAGUAUUUGCUGUGUUUCAACAUAAAUCUUUUACAGUGUGAUCCUUAGUGGGAAUAAAACCAGCUCACGUCA